AUGCCGUUAAAAGCAAAGGUGCUGUCGCGGCAAGCAGCGCCACGACUCCUGAUGUCGACCCAGGCCGCCCACGAACUCUUCAAGCCCGUCGAGGGAGACGAACCCGAGGAUGUGCUCUUCAACUCCCUCUACGGGCUCCGGUCCAUCGAGCUCAACCGCCCCAUGAAGCUCAACGCCCUCAACGGCUCCAUGAUACGCAAGAUUGGCCCGCGCCUCAUCGAAUGGUCCCAGUCCGACAUGGCCAACGUCAUCGUCAUCAAGGGCACAGGAGAGAAGGCCUUCUGCGCAGGCGGCGACGUGGCUCAGCUGGCGAGGUGGAAUCAGCGCGGCCCCAAAGGCAAGAAGCUGUCCAUGGACUACUUCGCCCUGGAAUACCAGCUGGACCACAUGAUCGCCACCCUCAACAAGCCUUACGUCGCCUUCAUGGACGGCAUCACCAUGGGCGGCGGCGUGGGCCUCAGCGUCCACGCCCCCUUCCGCAUCGCCACGGAGCGCACCGUGUUCGCCAUGCCCGAGACCACCAUCGGCUUCUUCCCCGACGUCGGAGCCUCCUUCUUCCUGCCCAAGAUGCCAGGCGCCACGGGCACCUUCCUAGCCCUGACCAGCGCCCGCCUGACGGGCGCCAACGUCUUCUACGCCGGCCUCGCCACACACUACCUCCACUCCUCCAGCCUGCCCGCCCUCGAGUCGCGGCUGGCCGAGCUCCGCUUCAACGACUACGACGAGAUGCCCCACCGCCUCUCCGUCGUCAACGCCACCAUCGAGGAGUACUGCACGGGCCUGCCGCACGACGAGCCCAUACUAAUGGGCGGCGAGCUACGCAAGGCCAUCGACCGGUGCUUCAGGCACAACUCGGUCGAGGACAUCAUCAGCGCGCUCGAGACCGAGGAGGGGCCCGCCAAGGCGUGGGCGCAGGGGGUCCUCGACAUGCUGCACCAGCGGUCGCCGACGUCGGUGCACGUGGCGCUGCGGCAGAUGCGCAUCGGCCGCAAGUGGACCAUCGCCGAGACGUUCCGGCGCGAGCACCAGAUUGCGGCCAAGUUCAUGGCGCACCGCGACUUCAACGAGGGCGUGACGGCCGUGCUCAUCGACAAGCGCGCGCCCAAGUGGAAGCCCGCCGCGCUCGAGGACAUCCUGCCGGACAGCAACAUCUCGGAGCCCUUCAUCCGCGUCGACGACUACCCGCCCCCGCUGCAGCUCGUCAACGACACGGACUACGCCCAGUACCCCUACGGCAAGCUGGGCCUGCCCACCGAGCGCGAGGUCGAGGACCAGGUCUCGCGCGGCAACAUGACCCGCAAGCAGGUCCUCGACCACUUCCUCCAGGACCGCAGCUUCAAGCAGGGCGUCAGGGAGGUCGUCAAGGAGAUCCUCGACCGCAAGACGGCCGCCUCACCCCUAGACAAUACUGCGUCUUGGCUGUAUGAAUAG